ACCGUUUUCAUCGCCACGUGCAGGCAUGGUGCGUAUACUGUUCGUUCAUCCGGAUCUGGGCAUCGGUGGUGCCGAACGGCUCGUUGUGGAUGCUGCACUAGCUUUGCAGAGUAAGGGCCACACGGUCAGCUUUCUGACCAACCAUCAUGACCCGAGUCACUGUUUCGACGAGACGAAGGAUGGACGGUUGCCGGUCAUGACGGUCGGCGAUUGGCUGCCGAGGGAUAUCUUUGGCAAGUUUUAUGCCGUGUGCGCUUAUAUACGAAUGGUGUACGCUGCGUUCUAUUACAGUCUGUUCUUGUCGAAGAAACAGCCGGUGGAUGUGGUUUUCUGUGAUUUAAUUUCGCUCGGCAUUCCCAUCAUCCGACUGGCACGGCCCAACCCCAAGAUUCUAUUCUACUGCCACUACCCGGACCAGCUGCUAUCGAAGCCGGGAAGUCUCCUCAAGCAGUACUACCGUAUGCCCCUCAACUACCUCGAGGAAGUGACAACGGCCCAGGCGGAUGGCAUUCUGGUGAACAGUAAGUUUACCAGCCGUGUAUUUAAGGAAACGUUCAAACGCAUCGCAACCGAUCCGGAUGUGUUGUACCCAUCGCUAAACACACGAUUCUUCGACGAAACUGCGAUUGGCGAAUCUGACCAGGUUGUGAAGUUACCGAACGAUGCGUUCGUGUUUCUCUCGAUCAAUCGUUACGAGCGCAAAAAGAAUCUUGCCCUAGCUUUGCACGCAUUUAAAGCACUGCAGGACCUGCUGUCGCCAGGAGAGUGGCACAAGGUGUGUCUAAUAAUGGCCGGAGGCUAUGACGAUCGUGUGAUGGAGAAUGUGGAACAUUACGAUGAAUUGGAAGAGCUGGCUGAGGACAUGCAGAUACGUACCAAAGUACGGCUAUUGAAGUCUCCCACCGAUCGACAAAAGCUAUCUCUGCUACACCGUGCCCAGGCAUUAGUUUACACGCCAGAGUUCGAACAUUUCGGGAUCGUUCCGCUGGAGGGAAUGUACCUCUCAAAACCGGUCAUUGCAGCCAACAGUGGUGGCCCGAUGGAGACCAUCAUUCACGAGCAGACCGGUUUCUUGUGCGAGCCGGUCCCGAAGGAGUUUGCGGCCGCAAUGGCCAAGCUGGUGAAGGAUGACAAGCACUGCGAACGGAUGGGAGCGAUGGGCCGGAAGCGUGUGCAGCAGAGAUUCUCGUUCGAGGCGUUCAGUACGAAGCUGGACAACGUUGUGACCGAUCUGAUUGGACGGGAUGGAGAGAAAAAGUUUAAAUAGCAUAGGUGGUGCCUGUUGCUUUCCACACUACUGGCGAUACAUGGCAUGCCCGGGCUUGCCUGUGAUUUCCCGUGGCAACCGAUGUUUGCAUUU